AAGCAUUUCCAGUUUACUAACUCAUUGAUCUCUCUUUCUCUUUUAAAGAAGCAAUUCUCUCCUUCUUUUCCUCUCAAUGGCAACAACAGAGACUAAAACAGCUGAGGUUAAGCCAGAAACUAAACCAGAAGCUAAAGAAGUGGAAGAGCAUUCCGAACCUCUCAAGUACAAGACAUGGGUUUUGAAAGUCUCAAUCCAUUGUGAAGGCUGCAAAAAGAAAGUCAAGAAAAUCUUACAGAACAUAGAUGGGGUUUAUAAGACAGAUAUUGAUUUAAAGCAGCAAAAGGUCACAGUGACUGGAAACGUAGACUCUCAAACUCUGAUUAAGAAGUUGGUAAAAACAGGGAAACAUGCAGAACUUUGGCCUGAUCCAAAAGCCGAAUCCAAAGGGAAAAAUAAAGGCAAAGGUAAAAUCAAAGAGGCAGUAGUAGCAGCAAAGGAUGAUCAAGAAAGCUCUGAGGACAACAACCAUGGCGACAACAAGGAAAAACAGGCUGUCAAAGUUGAAGUCGUACAAGACCCUUCUGCCAAAACCACAGAAGCUUGUACUUCCCAUGUUGCUGAAGGCGGUCCACCGGGAAAAGCCGGUGGCGGUGGUGGUGGACAGGUCAAAGAGUUUAAGCCUGAUCAGCACAAACAAACUGUGACCGUACAUACCUGUAGUCCGUCACCGGCGGCGGAGAAAAAGAAUGGUGGUGAACACGAGGCACCGGCCGAGAAUAGCAAUGGUAAUGCUGGGACUAGCGGUGGUGGUAAAAAGAAGAAAAAGAAGGGGCAAAGUGGUAAUAACGUUGUCAUCAACGAGGUUGAACAACACGCGAGUAAUGCUGCACCGGCAAAUACUGGAUCGCAUAUUCCUUAUCAUGUUACUCACAUCCAAGGCCCAGGUCCGAUUCCGGUUUCAGCCAAUUACAGCCCGCCACGUCAUCAGGAGUAUCAGUACCCUCAGCACCUCUCCCAUUAUUAUUACCAUGAGCAUGGAGCCCCGGUACAUGGGUUGAGCUACAGUACAACACAGCCUACUAGUAGCUAUAGUGCGGCGUAUUAUCCCUAUUCUCACACGUAUAUGCAUCAAGGCCCAAUAAUCGAGACGGAACCUCCGCCCUACGAUUCGGACUCGUAUUCACCUCAGCCGCCGGAUUCGUUCGAGUUAUUCAGUGAUGAAAAUCCAAACGGCUGUUCGGUCAUGUAAUGGUGAAAAGGAGGAAAUUACCAUAUUAACCCUAUAUAUGCGGCAAACUUGUACUAUUUGUGUAAGCUCAUUUGGGUUGUGGGGAUAAUUUUGUAAUGUUAUGUAGAUAUAAAAAUGUGAAAGGAAAAAAAAAGAGGUAAUAGUAGUUUUAAUUAGAGGAAAAUAAAGAUGUUGAGGAGAAGGGUUCUAGUAGUAUGGGUAGUUUUUUGAGGUUACUUUUUAGUUGGUAUUUGUGCUUAGCUUUAAUUAGUACUUUUUACUCUUUUGAGGUUGGUUUAUAGAAAAGUAACUAGCCUUGUAAUGCCUAGUUGUGUUGUGGCCUCACUCUUUCUUUCUCUCUCUUUCAUGUAUAAAGUAAAGAUUGGUAUUUGGUUUAUUA